UCUUCUUCCUACAAAAACUAGAAAUGGUAACUUACUCUCUCAUUUAGCGGGCUUCCAUAAACUCAUUUUCAACCGUUACAAAAACAGACACCGUUAUUCUCGUAUUAUUGCUCUUUCCUUAUCUCCAUCUUAUUAUUAUUUCUCUUGCUUUAUCCAAGAAUUUCAUAGCAAAAUCAUGGCUCAAUAUACCAACAUCAGUUCUUGAUUAUGUUACAUUCAUAUUAUUCGCAGUUUUAAUUUUUGUAUCAAGCGAAAGUAUUUUAACUAUUAGUAGAAAAAAUGUGGAGAACUUCGUGUAAUUUAUUGAAACAGACAGUUACAUCGGCUGUGAGGACAAAUUCGAUUAACUAUGGUGGGACAAGGCCGUUUCGGGUCGGGUUCUAUUGUGGCCCGACCCGAAUGAUGGGUGGGUAUUAUUUUAGCUCUGAUUCCAAUAAUGAGGAAAAGAAGAAUGUGAAUGUGAAUAAUGGGGAUACUAUUACACAUGAGGAAGCUAAAAGGUUAAUGAGAUUGGUGAAUGUUGAAGAGUUAAAGUGGAAAUUAGGGAUGAAGAAUACUGAGGUUAUUGGGUAUAUGGAUCUGUUAAAGGCUUGUGAAAAUAUUGGUGUGGCGAAAACACAUGAAGAGGCUGUUGGUUUUGCUAGAGUUCUUGAUGAAGCUGGUGUUAUUUUGCUCUUCAGAGAUAAAGUUUACCUUCACCCUGAUAAGGUGGUGGAUGAAAUUAGAAAGGCAGUUCCCUUAGCACUUCUACCUGAAGAUGACCCCACAAUAGAGGAACUAAAGAUUCUGACGGAGAAGAAGGAUAAGAUAGACGAGCUUGCACAUAAGCAUGUGCGCCGUAUUUUAUGGACUGGUUUAGGGGCCGGGCUUUUGCAGGUCGGACUCUUCUUCCGUCUUACAUUCUGGGAAUUCUCUUGGGAUGUGAUGGAGCCCAUUGCUUUUUUUACAACUACUGCUGGAAUAGUAGUAGGUUAUGCUUACUUCCUUGUUACUUCCAGAGAUCCGUCAUACCAAGAUGUGCUGAAAAGGCUCUUCCUCUCAAGGCAGAGGAAGCUGAUCAAGAAGUAUGAUUUUGAUAUUCAGAGGUUUGUGGAAUUACAAAAGAAAAUCAAAUUACCAGUGAAUAGUCAAGCUUCCAUGAAACAUCGGUUAGGGGUGGAGCUGGAACCGGAGGAUCUUUUACAUGGUCACUAAAUCACAUAUUCUCACAUAAUUAUCUUUACUGAGCUUUUACUUUCCAACCAAUGUAAGCCCUUCAUUUUGUCGCAGAGGGUGAAUAUCUUAACUGUUAACAAUUGUUCCUGAUUUUACCUUGUAAUUUGAAGAUUUGAAGGUUGUAGUACUAAAUCUUCUUUUACAAGAUAGGCUUAGAUAGUAGUUCUGACUUCUGACCAUCACAAUUCCUUCAAGCCUCUUACUCUGAAGUUGUUGUCCUGUCAUAUAUACUUGAAGUUGUAACUAGAUACUGAUGUUAUAUCAAUGAUUUUUGGAUGUUUGUUCUUCCGGAUAA